AUGCGCCCCGCGACGUGGGCCGUCGCGCGCGCGCGCCUGCCCGGCGGGGACGUCCGCUGGCGGGCGUACCAGGCGUGUGCGGGUGAGGCGCCGGAGGCGCUCGCAGAGCUCGCGCAUCGCAUCGCGCCGCCGCCGCCCGGCACAGAGCCCGUGCACGAUGUGCUCGCGCACAUGUACCAUGCGCCGCUCGCCGCCGUCGAGAGCCGGGAUGGCGUGCCGCUGGCCCUCUGGACGUUUGCGUGGGAGGACGCCGUGCUGGAUCUCGAGCUGCCGUCGCGCGUGCACCUCCAGGCGAGUGGCUGCGACCGUGUGGCGCGGGCGCCCCCCCUCUUCCUCGAGGCGGCCGCACACGCCAUCGCGCACGCCGUCGCGCAGCGCGAGGGACUCGUGGCCGUGCAUGAUGGCGUCGUGCGCGUGCCGCCCUGGCCGGCCGACGGCGCUGCACCGCGCGCCGCCGAGCUCCACCGCUUGCGAGUGCACACGACGCCCGACGAGCUGGUCGUGCAAGUGGUCAGCACGCACAAGCCAUGGGCGCCGCUCGACAUGCGCGCGCGGCCUGGCGAGUCGGUGCCGCGUCACGUCGAGCUGGGUCACACGACCGUGUGCCUCAUUCCCACGCUACAGCGCGCUACGCUGCUACAUACCCUCGCGGCCCCGGACGAUGCGGCGUGCGCGGCGCUCGCGACGCGACUGGCCACGCCGCUCCAGCAGGUCGGCGGCCGGACGGACCACUGGGUGGUCGUCCGCGUCCCCAUCGCAUGGCUGCCGCCGGGUGCACCGCUCGACGCCGUAGCGCUCAGUGUGCCGCCGGGCGCCCAGCGGGACACGGCUGUGCCGUGCCAGCUGCUGUGGCCCGCGGCGCUGUGUCUCGUCGUCCGCACGCCCGAGCCGCGGCCGCCGCCACUGGCCCUUCUGAGGAAAAGCGCGGCCGACCUGCUCGCCUCGGCCACAUGGCCGCGGGCCGAGCCGUCGUCGCCUGCGCCCGCCGAGACGAUGGGCCCGGUCGUGGGGAUCGGUGCGCCGCUGCCGCCGCCCGUGUCGCCCGUGGAAGACGACGUGUUCCAGGGCAUUGGACAGCUCACAGACGACGACCUCAGCUUCUUUGGCGCACACGCGCCGCCCGCGCCGCCGCCGCCGCCGCCCGCCGCGGACGUGUCGACGGAAGCGCCGCCCGAGCCGCCGCCGCCCACGCUCCAUGUGAGUGAGCCACAGCACCCACCGCUCGCUGUCAAGUACGACAUGCACGGCAAAUUUUUCGUCGGCAGCGCGUACCGCCGAAUACCCGAGAGCGACAUGCGCACGGCCGUGUCGCCCCGCGCACUCUACCUGAGCACGCCGCAGAGUGCUGUGCACAGCUCGCCAUCGCAGGUGUCUGGGUGGGACGAGCCGGACGAGGGGUCGGACGAGGGGCCGCGCAUCCCGGCUGCGCAAUGCGCCCUCGCAUGUGCGCGCUUUCACAGCGCCCUCUGCGGGCCGGCGCUACCAGCUCCAGGCAGCAGCGCAGAGGCUCUCACCGAGCGUGUGCACCUGGAGUGGACGUGCACCUACGCAGGCGCCGCGCGGUACCCGCCUGAGCCGCCAGCGGAGCAGCCGCCCGCGCCGCUGACGAGUCCUGGCACGGCUGUGCCGCUUUCGGCGCCAAGCGUGCUGGUAGGGUGUCAAGCUGCGCUCAUCCACGUCGAGCCGGACGCGGUGCGCCGCUGGCGGUGGCUGGGCCUGCAGCCUAGCGGCGGACCGCGCCAUGUGGUCGCACACGUCGCCCUUCUGGAUGUCGACGUGCCGCCGGCCGUCGUGCAGCAGUGGCUCGCGCUCGGAGCCGACACGUACGCGGCGCACGGCCUUGGCACACUGACGCCCGGCAAUCUGUGGCGGUACCACGGCGGGCUGUGGGCCAGUGGCAUGCCGAAUGUGCCGGAAAGCGCAGCGAGUGCAGGCGAGCGGCACGUCGUGUACCUCGUGUACGAGCAGCCGGGCGUGUGCGAGCGGCUGUAUCGGACAUGGCCCAUGCCGCGCUCGCGCAUUGCGAUCGUUGCUGUGCCGAUGGCGCACAUGCUUCCGAUGCAGUGGUCCAUGGCGCUUGCAUACGCGGCGUACGAAGAUGCGAACGCGCGCGUGUGCCAGCUCGCGCCAAGCACCUACCGCGCGUGCACGCGCCUGAAAGAGGGCCUGCACUGGGAUGGGCAGUGGCCGCGUGCCGAGCCGGCCGUGUCGCCGCUGCACAGCGGCGCCGUGCUGCACGUGGCAUACGACCGACGGGGCGGCGUCGUGCGCUUGGUCGCGACGGACGAGCGGGCAUGGCUUCGGCACACGUGCGCGUGGGACGCCGUGGACGAGAGGGCCGACGUGAUGCAGCUGUGGCACACCGUGCGGGGCUUGCUGGCGGCCUCAGCAGCGCGCUGGUACGUCGUUGUGUGCCGGUACGGUGCGAUGGCGCAGGCAGAGGCAGACGCGUGGGCCGCCUGGAAGGCGCAGAAGCGGUGGGACACAGACGCGCUCGAUGUGGUCGUCGUGAGCCUCGACACCGACGGUCCCCGUGUCGUCGCCGAUGGCGCGCUUCACGCGUGGACGGCGAGCACAACGGGCCUGGCCAUGCAUGCGGAGGCGCCCGUGGUCGCUGCACGCACGGCCUACGUGAGCGCAGGUGCGUACGCUGUGCACUGGGUGCUACAUGACGAGGAGGCAGCGGUGCUGCACGAUGUGGUCGUCCAUUUCCAUGCGCUCCAUACCAUGACGCAGCUGCGCUGGCCACCGCCGGCGCCGCUCCUACCGUGGCACGUGGCAUUGUUGGCCCAUGCGUAA